UUUAAUACUUUGAUAUUUAUCACCGGAAAUGCAUUCACGGGAACUUAUGACCCCACUAUGUAUGUAUCAUUAAUUCCUCAUAUUUUUACAAAUUGUAAAAUUUGAACGCCAAAACCCAAGUUGAAGUUGUACAGGUGUUAUUUAAUUCUUGAAUGGUGAUGGCCCUGACGUCACAUUUUGGUUUGGACCAUUUUCAUCUUUUCAUCUCAUUCCAGCACAGUUUUUUCGCAAAUCAUUUCCUAAAAAUUUCUGCUCCUUCUUCAUUUCAAAUUUAAUUUCUUGAAGUCGAAUUAUGAUGUCAAAGGCCGCUCAAUCCGUCCCUGGACCUUCUCACGUCGCCGGAAAUACCAGCCAUCGGGUCAUCGCUGCCACCGACCCGACGACCUCGGCGAUAAGCACCGAAGUCAUUUCGCCUGAAUUGCAGGAGGAGGAAGAGUUCGAAUUGUGUUUGAGCAGUGACGACGAGGAUGAGGUUGACGUCCAGGAGAAGAAAAUGAAAAUGGCUGCCACACUGGAGAAAGUUAGACACUGGGUCCAAAUAAGGAGAAAAUCCUUCGCCCCAAACAUCACGGCACCGAUUUCGGAAGAGUCGUUUCGAAUUGGCUGCUACUUGAGGACCCUUGAUAACGCGUUGGACGACAUUAUCUACGUUCUGGACGAUAAGAUACGUCGAGGAUUUCCCAUCGAGAAGAGGGGGCGCAAGGGAGUAAACUAGGAAAAGCAGCAGCAGCAGCAACAAUGCCAGAAAUAAUAAUGCUUGACUUCGUUCUAGACGAAGAAAGGUCGACAAUUUCGGGACCACCCCAAGCCACAUCAACAACGUUAACUCCUCAACCACUGCCCGGCACUCAGCCAGCAACAACAAUGUCGGGAAUAAUGCUUGACUUCGUUCCAGUCGAGGAAAGGUCGGCAGUUCCGCCAGCCACGCCAAGACCAUCACCUCGAACCUUGUCCGUUACUCCGCCAGCAACAACAAUGUCAGAAAUAAUGCUUGACUUCGUUCUGGACGAGGAAAGGUCGACACUUCCGGAACCUCCAGCCACACCAAGACCAUCAACUCCACCACCACUGUCCGUCAAUCCGCCAGCAACAGCAUGGCCAGAAAUAAUACUAGACGAAGACGAAGAAGGGUCGACAAUUCCAGCCACGCCAAGACCGCUGAGUCCACCACCACCACUGCCUGGCACUCCGCAAAGGUCAACCUCGAACAAAUUUGCAACCCAGAGAAAGUUAAGGUCUGCUGGGAGACGAAUUCGAAAAUCAAACGCCUCCACCUCAGGCAGAAAGAGUUCUAAAAAAACCAAAUCCCACCGCUGCCACAUUUGUCGCAAAACGUUAUCCAGAACAGGCCUGAUCUAUCACGGUUUCACCCAUCUCACGGAAGAGGAAAAGACCCUGGUGAGGCAGAAUUGGAAACACGUGUGCUUCUUUUGCCAGGAGAGGUUCCCCUCGAAAUUUGCUUAUCAUACUCAUCUGGUCACCCACACGAAGGAAAAGCCCUUUCGUUGUGACCAGUGUGGAAAGCAGUACGGUCGGAAUGGUGCUUUAACAGUGCACAAGCGCAGCCACAGCGCCAACCCGAGACCUUUCAAGUGCGAAGAAUGUGACAAAGCUGUUACCACCAAGCGAGCUCUAAAAAUCCAUAAAAAAAUUGUUCAUCAGAAGCUGAAGGACGUCGACUGUCCCCGGUGCCCCCAGAAGUUCUGCACCAAGGCGAACAUGAAGACGCAUCUCAACAGGUGUCAUCUCAAAAUUCGUCACCCCUGCCCCCACUGCAAUAAGUCGUUUCCACAGAAAUGGAGGCUUGGAACACACGUGAAGGAGUUUCAUCCCUCAUAAUAAUCCAAUCUUUCUCCUUCCAAAUACAGAUAAUUUAUUGGUUUUACGAUGUAAUACUUCUCACACAGGUCGUGGAGAAAUUUAAUAAAAUAAAAUUUGUAAUCA